AUGGCUACUAGUGAGAGUGGUCCCAUUUUCAUUAAAAGUGUGAAUUGUUUUGGUGAAGUCAAGGACAAGUACUUCAUUGCAGAUCUUAUGGAAGAAGUUAUUGAAGAAGUUGGUCCCAUGAAUGUUGUUCAGGUAAUAACAGACAAUGCUAGCAAUUGCAAGGGUGCUGGUGAACUUAUUGAAAUCAAGUAUCCAUGGAUCUACUGGACCCCAUGUGUUGUCCAUACAUUAAACUUUGCUUUGAAAAAUAUUUGUGCUGCAAGAAAUAUAGAAUCGAAUAUUGAAACAUAUGAUGAAUGUCAUUGGAUUACUCAAGUUCAUGAUGAUGCAGUGCAGGUGAAAAACUUCAUUAUGAAUCAUUCUAUGAGACUAGCAAUGUUCAAUCGAUUUUCUUAUUUGAAAUUAAUUGCAGUGGCUGAUACUCGUUUUGCUUCAGUGGUUGUUAUGCUAAAGAGGUUUAAGCUUCUAAGGCGUUCUCUUGAGGCCAUGGUGAUAAGUGAAGAAUGGGGGGGUUACAAAGAGGAUGAUCAAGGCAAGGCAAGUUUUGUAAAAGAAAAAGUAAUGAGUGAUAGCUGGUGGGAUAAAGUGGACUACAUUCUUGCCUUCACUGGACCCAUUUAUGAAAUGAUAAGGGCUUGUGAUACCGAUAAGCCAAGUCUACAUUUGGUAUAUGAGAUGUGGGACUCUAUGCUUGAAAAGGUGAAAAUUGUGAUUUAUACUCAUGAAGGAUUGACAGAUGAUGAUGAUGAUGAUUACUCCGAGUUUUUUGAAGUAUUCAUCGCAUUAUUGUUUUAUAGUGAGGCAUGGCUUGAAGAAAAUCCAAAUAGAGUACCUCCGCAUAGAGACACAGAAAUAUCUGAAGGAAAAGUAAGUUGUUUUAGAAGACUAUUUCCUGACAAUGCUGAUUUUGCCCGAGCUAUGGAUGAAUAUACCAUGUUCUCAUACAAGUCUGGAGUAUACAGGGGUGGAGAAAACUUAUAUACUAGGGGUACCAUGGAUCCUAUGUCAUGGUGGGUUAACUUUGGUUCAUCUACUAGUUUGCUUCAAGCUUUGGCCUUCAGAUAUCUUGGACAACCUACUUCAUCUUCAUGUUGUGAACGUAAUUGGAGCAUAUAUUCUUUUAUUCACUCACUUAGGAGAAAUAGGUUGAAUCCAAAACGAGCUGAAAAUUUGGUGAAGAUUCACACUAAUCUGCGUCUUCUAUCAAGGAACACAAAUGAAUACACAGCUGGGAAGACAAAAUUGUGGGAUGUAGGUGGUGAUCAAUUUGAUGUCAUGGAUGAUGGGAACGAAGAAAACGCCUUUCUAGAGUUUGCCGACCUUUCUCUUGAUGAACCGGAUCUUGAAUCUGUAUUUUUUCCUUAG